UCUCGUGCGCUAUUUGCAUCCUCCGAGAGAGCGGAGAGAGAGAGAGAGAGAGACGAAUCGAGGAGAUGGAGAAGGCGAUCAAUCGGCAACGAGUGCUCCUCCAGCACCUCCAACCAUUCCCCUCUUCUUCUUCGUCAUUGGUCUCGGCUUCUGUAUGUGCCGCUGGGGACAGUGCGGCCUAUCAACGGAACUCUUCCUUUGGGGAUGACGUCGUAGUUGUCGCUGCAUACCGAACUGCAAUCUCCAAGUCCAAAAGAGGGGGUUUUAAGGAUACAUACCCUGAGGAGCUGCUUACUGCUGUGCUGAAGGCAUUGUUGGAUAAGACUAACCUGAAUCCAAAUGAAGUGGGUGAUAUUGUGGUUGGCACGGUACUGGCACCAGGCUCUCAAAGAGCGACUGAAUGCAGGAUGGCAGCAUUCUAUGCUGGUUUUCCUGAAACUGUUCCAAUUAGAACAGUGAACAGGCAGUGCUCAUCGGGACUUCAGGCAGUUGCUGAUGUUGCUGCUUCUAUUAAAGCUGGAUUUUAUGAUAUUGGAAUUGGUGCUGGGUUAGAGUCAAUGACUGCAAAUUCUGUGGCUUGGGAUGGUUCGAUAAAUCCAAAAGUAAAUAAGUUUCAACAAGUCCAAGAUUGUCUUCUUCCGAUGGGAAUUACAUCCGAGAAUGUUGCAUUUCGUUAUGGUGUGACUAGACAAGAACAAGAUCAGGCUGCUGUCGAAUCUCAUAGGAAGGCAGCUGCGGCAACUGCUGCUGGUAAAUUCAAAGAAGAAAUUGUUCCAGUGAUCACAAAGAUUGUAGACCCAAAAACUGGAGAGGAAAAGCAGGUGACCAUUUCUGUCGAUGAUGGAAUUAGGCCAGAAACUUCUCUAUCUGGUUUGGCAAAGUUAAGACCAGUAUUUAAAAAGGAUGGAAGUACAACUGCUGGCAAUUCUAGCCAAGUAAGUGAUGGUGCUGGAGCAGUUCUCUUGAUGAGGAGAGAUGUUGCAAUGCAAAAAGGGUUUCCUAUACUUGGUGUAUUCAGGAGUUUUGCUGCGGUUGGAGUGGACCCUGCUGUCAUGGGUGUUGGUCCAGCUAUUGCAAUUCCGGCUGCAGUAAAAUCUGCCGGUCUGCAGAUUGAAGAUGUUGAUCUGUUUGAAAUAAAUGAGGCCUUUGCCUCUCAAUUCGUAUAUUGCCGCAAGAAGCUGGAGCUCGAUCCAGCAAAAGUAAAUGUUAAUGGAGGUGCUAUUGCUCUUGGUCAUCCCUUGGGUGCAACAGGUGCACGCUGCGUGAGUACUCUCCUAAAUGAAAUGAAACGAAGGGGCAAAGACUGCCGAUUUGGAGUCAUCUCGAUGUGCAUAGGUUCAGGAAUGGGUGCUGCUGCUGUGUUUGAAAGAGGAGAUGCUGUCGACGGCCUCACGAAUGCCCGACAGAUCCAUUCCCACAACCUUCUGUCCGAGGAUGCUAUGUAGAACCCGCACAAAGAAAUUUAGUGAAUGCCUUGGGCGUCGUCAUCGCUAAGCACAGUACAUGUCUCUGUUCCCACGAGCCACGAAGACUGAUCACACGAAAUAAACUGCUUCGGCAGAUUAGAUAACAUAAGCAAUUUGAAAUUUUUGCGGCUGCAUCGCAUGCACUAUAGUGUAAUCAAUGCUAUCUCCAAUAAUGUUUGUAGAAUCAUUACCAUUAUCGUCAAUAUAAUAAUUACAAAUGAUAAUGUUAUUAUUGAUGAUAAUGGUAAAACUGUUGGUAUUGUCAAUGUUAAUCGGAAUUACAAUGGCUUUGAUAA